AUGUCUUCAAGUGUGAACGUAGUUGUUGGAUCAGGACAGAGCUUAGGGCUUAUGAUACGUGGAGGGAGUGAGUUUGGGCUGGGAAUAUAUCUUACUGGAGUGGACCCUUUGUCUGUGGCUGAAAAUGCUGGACUCAAGGUUGGAGACCAAAUUUUGGAUGUAAAUGGAGAAAGUUUCCUGGAUAUAUCUCAUGCUAAUGCAGUGAAAGUCCUGAAGGCUUCAAAGCACAUGAUCAUGACUGUAAAGGAUGUGGGACGUCUGCCGUAUGCUAGAACCACCAUUGAUGAGACGAAAUGGAUUGUGGGAAGGGAGCUGCAGCAAUCACGGAGUCCUUCCAGACCCAGCAGUGCCUUAUCCAAUGGCUUUAACUCCUUGCGUGUAAAAACUCCUCAGGAAGACCAAGUUGACAGCAAACAAGAGUCUGUUUUUACGCGUAUGGCAGGGUCUCAGCUCAUCUUGAAUAACACUAUGCAUAGUGCCCAGCGGGGGAUGAUAGAAGAACAAGCACGGCAACUGCUAAACGACAAUGAACGUGGCACCAUGAACUAUUAUCUUAAUGAAUACAACACGGGCCAUAUUGGUGUGGAGGCCCUGGCUUUGGCUCUUUUUGAAUUGCUCAAUACACAGGCCAAGUUUUCUCUGAUGUCAGAAGUGAGGGGUUUGAUAGCUCCCAAGGACAUUGACAGGUUUGAUGCUCUUGUUUUAAGGAGAGAUGUAGAUGACUUGAAGUCCCAUCAUUCCCACCCUUAUACAACGACGGACGGCAUGUCCGAAAACUCCUUUGACAGCUCUCUCUCCAGCUACACUGGUUUUUCCAGUACGUCUGCCAAAGACUCUGUAGAUGGAUCAUUCAGUCACAUUGUGGUGCCACCUACAGUUCCACAACAGCUGCCUGCACAUGUCAAAGUUAAGGUAGACACUGUUAAUGCCCACCAUGAUGCUAUUGAAGAAAUUCCUGAUGACUCUCAUGGACUGCCAGAUUAUUUACGAAUGGAACCUUCAAUUGCACAGCAGCGAAGGCGUUCUCCAAGUCCAGGGGUUAGUAGAAGUGGAAAUAUGACAGUUGCUGCAGAUAUUCAUGCCGUCCACACCAGUACGCCUGUCAAAUCUAGGUCACACGUGGCACGCAGAAAGAAAUUUGAAGAAGUCCGAGCAUUAAGUGAGGAUAGUGGAGUGGACCUGAAUGGUCAUUUCAUCAGUGGUGGACGAAGGCUUGACCAACUCAAUGGACAUCUCAAUAACCAACAAAAUAGCAGCAUAUCAACCAGUGGGCAAGGCAAGAAGAAGAGGGUCACCAUUUCCCCCCAGAGACCUGUUACAAUAAAUGAGUCUGUGCCAGUCAAUGUGAGAGGACAGCCUGAACAGAAUGGGGUAAAGGAGGGUUACAUAGAACAGGGUAAACGAGCAGACGGCAAAGCAUACUCAGAACAAAAUGAUGUACAAAAUCAAACAAACCAAAAUCAGGGUAAACGCAGUAAUAUUUUCACAGAAUGGAGACAAGAAAAUAUAGAAAACCACCAUAAGCAGGCAAAUCUUUUACAAGUACCAGGGCAAAAUGGCCAUGGAGUCCAAGAGAGGCACAAAAGAGAAAGAAGUCCUCUUAGACACGUUUCCAAUAACCAUGGGAAGGACCAAAGAAGGGCUAGUCCCAGUCCACAAAGAAAUACUCAUCUUUCUGCUGAUAAAGGCAAUGCAAUACAUAAAAGUUCUGCUCCAGUUGUGCAUAACUCAAAUAAUCCGCAUUGGCCUGGCCAAAAUCAAAAUCGGAACUUUCCAAAUUUUGAACAACACAAUGGACUGCAUCAAAGACCUAGCCUGCUACAGCAAAGGCAUAACAACUAUACUGACAGCAGCCUUGAGCCUGACAGUGGUCUUACUGAUUCAGCCAGUAAAUACAGAGUUCCAAGCCCUCAGCCAGAACUAAGGACAAAUCAAGGUCAGAGGUCAAUUCAAGGUCAGCAUGAAUUCCCCAGGGCUCUUGGUCCAAACCAAAGAAUGCCCAGUGGUGGACAUGGAACAAAUAGCACACUCUUGCCUAGCAGUGACCAGCAUCCAAUAGAUAAAAAGGAUAGUGGAAGUUACAUGAAUACCAGCACUAGUUAUGGGGAUUCAACUCUUUCUACAUUAAGAAAUAGUGAGAGGCAACAAUCUUCUGGGCUUUCUUCCCCAAACAUAUCUAAGGCCACCCAUGGUCCAAAUAAAUUUACGAACAGAUAUGCCCGAAACUUGCAAAAUGACGACAGAAAUGAGAUUAACUUUUUGGGACCUCAGAGCACUGGAAGAACUGCAGGUUCAAAAGAUUAUGUUCACACUAAUGAUAGAACUACAGGUCUCAAUGGAUCAAUGGAAUAUUACAACAGGCGGAAUACAAGAUUACACAGAAGACCGAGCAUUGACAGCAUCACUACAGACUCAUCUAGUCAAAGUGGAAUGAGCCCAGACCAUGACAAACCGUCCAAGAGGUAUUUCAGCGACCCCUUGCAUCACGUGCCAAAGGAACAACAGAGAAGCGUGGUACAGAAGAAAAAGUCUAGCGAACAGCUUCUGGAACUCCGAAAACAAACACAUUAUAAUGCUACCCCAAGCAGUACCAUGUCUGAUGCCAGCACAAGAGAUGGAGGCAGGGAGAAGUUGGUUAUAGUACACAAGACCAAGCCAACCCUGGGAAUUGCUAUAGAGGGCGGGGCCAAUACUCGGCAGCCCCUCCCACGUAUCAUUACAAUACAGCCUGGUGGUGCAGCCAGUGAUUGUGGAGCUUUGAAAGUAGGUCAAGUUAUCCUUGCCGUAAAUGGGCGGCGUCUUGAAGGUCUGGAACACAGAGGUGCCGCCAAAACUAUUGCCGAGGCCUUUAAAAGUAGGUCAACUCGACAAGUGGAAUUUUUAGUCACAGAAUAAAGAACAGUACCAGAAAAAAUGUGGAAUUCUGAAAACAAUUUUUUUUCUGCCCAGUCAUUUUGUUUCUUAGCAGCAAAAAAUUCAUAACAGAAAACAGCCUGAUUUUAAGGAAUGUGAGUUAAAAAUUAUUUUCAGUUUCUUUCAGCAAUAAAUUAUGUAAAAGCAUUUGAUGGUUGUGCAGAACCUUAAGGUUGUGAGUACUGAAUUAUCCAUAUUAAGAAUAAAUUUUGGUUUGAUGUCUUUUAUAAAGUGUAACAAUUACAGUUUAUGAUUUUCUUUAUGGUUAGGAUAAGGAGUAGGGAAGUUAUGCCGUGUUUUAAUGAUAACUAUUUAUGGACCCUUUUUUCCUUGGCAGAUAGCAAUUAUGAGAUUAUCACAGAUAAUCAGUAUAUAAGGAUUUGUAUAACAACUAUGGACCAAUACAACAAAUGUAACAAAAAGUUUCAAUGUGAAUAAUCUUUGAGGUAUAGAGAUUUAAAUUUUCAUGGCGUUUGAUUGUUUUUUGUGUGUAAAUACUUUUUGUCACAAAA